AUGCUGACCAACGUGAUGAAGGUGAUGGCGUGCCAAGUAGCUCUGGAGACGCUCUAUCCGAUAUAUUACUGUGUUUUUCAGAUGCUGUCUGAUGAAGGUCAAAUGGGGUUUGCCUUGCUAUUACCAGUGAUAAAACUGGCCUUGAGAUACGUUUUCACUCGGACUGUUGUUCAUCUCACCGACGAGAUGCCUGAAGUCAUCGUCUUCAACGUCGAAGUCUUUAACGCGCUGUUUGUAUCCUACUGCAUGCAGAACUCCCCAUCUGUGUGGACAACGUUAGGACUGAUGUUCGUUGAUAUCGUCUUGAUAAUACUCUCAGUGCGUGAUAUGGAGCCUACCAGUCGUGGUCUGAAGGAAUUGGAGCAGCGAAUUGACCGAGAGAGAUGUUGGAAUAAAGGCACCAACACUGGAAAUCGAGUCCCUACUACACUGGACAGGAUACAGACACUACUGGAGCAAGAGUCAUCACUCCAAUACAUGGUAGCUUCAGCACGUGUUGAGCUGGAACAGGUACAAACCGACCUUGGUUCUGAACGACGAGUCCCUGAACUGAUUAAAUCCGGCAGGAACAAAAUAUCCGUCACUCCUGUAGUGACUACGAAGAUCCCAAACAAUGCAGAACUUCUUCCUGUUGCAAGCCAUCUACGUGCCAGCGCCAGAAUCCACCCAGCGGUUGAGUCUGCUGGAAAAUUGCUUCAAAAGUUUUCGGUCAAGGUAAGAUACACUCGCAAGGUGCAGAUUCUUCUGUACAUGGCAGAAUUUCUUCUCCUCCUUAACUAUGUCGAAGUAGUCGUCCCGCUUGUCUUUUCAGUUUACAUGCUUGCUACGUAUCAACUACCGAAUCGCGAGUAUUAUUCGCAACUUCAUGGGAUGACACAGAGCGACUUGUUGCAGACUCUGGGAAAUGUCAUGUUCUACUGCUCGCUUCAACUCGCAUCGCUCCUUCUCCUGGUAUUUAUCUUGCAGCGCAAGUUAGAUCUCUCGCCGAUACAUCAGCUGUCCUUUGUCUUGGAGAAACAGUACUCUGCAGUUCAGGCAAAACUCGUAUUUUGGGUAUUAUUCACAACGCAGGCAUCACUGCAACACAAUGGAUAUGACUAUAACUUACGAUUUCCAUGGCUGGAUAACUGA